GUCAUUCAUCUUCGCUGCUCUUUCCACAAAAACUCCAUUUUCAUCAAAGAGAUUUCAAAAUCUCAAGCAGCAUUUCCUUCUUCUUGUACUUUUCUCCAUAAUCUCACACUUUAUUCAUAAAUCUCCACGAGACCACGGCUUCAAAUCUCAGAAUCUUCAGGAGAAUUGUAAUUAAAUAAUGGAGGAUAAUUCAAGUUGUGUGCAAAUACAAGUUGAAGAGGAGCUGCCAACUUUACUAAGAAGAGCCACAACAGAAGAAAUGCUUGGCUUUGACAAUUACAAAGAUAAUAAUCUUCCUCUUCCCCACUUCGUCAGUCGUUUUCAUCGUUCUCAUGCCUCCACAACUAAUUUGAAUGGUCAAGAAGCAAUGGACGAGACUACACCCUGGAUGAUGACCAAACAUCAAAGGAAACCAUCACUUUCAAUGCCAACUUCACCAAAUGUUCUUAUGGUCUCCGAUCCGACAUCUUCAUCUUCCGACAACAUCAACAACAUUGGUGGGUCAACUGGCAAAUCCGUCAAGUUCAUCUCUCAGCCGAUGACCAAAGUCUCAUCUCUCUACAUGGAAACCGGCAACGAUGACGAUGAUCGUGGUCGUCAUGAUAGUCAUCAUCAUCAGCAACAUCGUCAGAGAGGUCAACUUCAAAAUCAAAACCCGGCGUAUUUACAUAAGCUUAAGGACCACAGGUACAACUCGUUCAAGACUUGGUCAGGGAAACUCGAGAGACAAUUUACAAGAAAACCGGCUUCUAUUGAACCGGAGACACCGAAACGGGCUAAGGAGAAUUUAAAUACACAUGAAGCCAUGCCUGUGGACCGUUACUAUGAUGCCUUGGAAGGUCCUGAACUAGAGACUCUUCGGCCUCAAGAAGAGAUUGUCCUACCAAGUGAACAAACAUGGCCGUUUCUUCUACGUUACCCAAUAUCCACAUUUGGUAUGUGCCUAGGAGUAAGCAGCCAAGCCAUAAUGUGGAAAACCCUAGCCACGGCCGAGCCAACCAAGUUCCUCCACAUACCACUCUGGAUCAACGAAGUUCUCUGGUUCAUCUCAGUCGCUUUAAUCCUCACUAUUGCCACCAUUUACCUCCUCAAAAUCAUCCUCUACUUCGAAGCGGUACGCCGAGAAUACUACCAUCCCAUCAGAAUCAACUUCUUCUUCGCUCCUUUCAUUUCAUUACUCUUCUUAGCACUCGGUGUCCCACCUUCCAUAGCUACAGAUUUGCCACAGUUCCUUUGGUACCUCCUCAUGUUUCCUUUCAUCUGUCUCGAGCUAAAAAUCUACGGACAAUGGAUGUCGGGUGGCCAACGCAGGCUCUCUCGAGUCGCUAACCCGACCAACCAUCUCUCAAUCGUUGGGAACUUUGUGGGGGCGUUGCUUGGUGCAAGCAUGGGGCUUAAAGAAGGACCGAUAUUUUUUUAUGCAGUUGGGAUGGCUCAUUAUUUGGUUUUGUUUGUUACACUCUACCAAAGAUUACCGACCAAUGAGACUUUGCCUAAAGAUCUUCACCCUGUGUUCUUUCUCUUUGUUGCGGCUCCAAGUGUAGCUUCCAUGGCUUGGGCUAAGAUCACUGACUCCUUUGAUUAUGGCUCCAAAGUUUGUUACUUCAUCGCUAUCUUCCUCUACUUCUCUUUGGCUGUUCGGAUUAACUUCUUUCGUGGAAUCAAAUUUUCACUAUCUUGGUGGGCGUAUACAUUUCCAAUGACCGGAGCUGCCAUUGCAACCAUCAGGUACGCAACGGUAGUAAGGAGCACUAUGACUCAAGUCAUGUGUGUGAUCCUCUGUGCCAUUGCUACACUAGUAGUUUUUGCACUGCUCAUCACAACCAUCAUCCAUGCAUUUGUCACGUGCGAACUUUUUCCUAAUGACUACGCCAUAGCCAUUAGCAACCGACCGAGACCCAAACAGACUAGCCACCACCGUUGGCUCGACCAACUGAGAAACGUGAGCUCAGAGAACAUUGAGAAUUACUUGAAAUUCACGGACUCGGAUAGCAGUCAUAGUAUUGAUUUAGAAGCUGGCAAUGGUAAAGCUCAAGAGAGUGAUUCCGCAUAA